UACAGAAAAAAACCCAUAAAAAUACUUGGAUGAAAACAGAUAACGGGCCUGCAAGUUAUGACUUAAUAAGACAAUAACAAUCAAACCAGCCCAUGUAAUUAGACCACGUGGUGGAUAUGUGUGUAGGUGAGAUCGGGAUCUAGAUAUACACACUCUUGUUGUCACUCACUACAACACUGUUUUUUUCUUUCAAAUUACCUCCAGAAGAGAAAACGACAAACAAGACAUGGCAGAUGUUGUCGUGCUCUCAAAAACCAUAGUUCGACCCGACGGAUCAGAUACGGAUCGGGUUAAGAUCCAUCUAACUCCAUGGGAUCUCUUCUUCCUUCGAGCAGAAUACCCACAAAGAGGUCUUCUCUUUCCAAAACCCGACCCGGAAACAGAUAUAAUCUCCCAACUCAAAACCUCUCUCUCCGUUGCCUUGAAGAUCUUCUACCCAUUUGCCGGCCGACUAGUCAAGACAGAGCAUGAAGAGACGGCGUCGUUCCUCGUAGACUGCGAUGGCUCAGGUGUCAAAUUCAUCCACGCUUCAGCUCAAACCGUCUCGGUGAGUGAUAUUCUAGAACCGGUCAACGGUAUCGUCCCCGACUACUUGCAUCGUUUUUUCCCGGCGAACGGAGUCAAGAGCUGCGAAGGGGUAUCAGAGUCGUUGAUCGCGUUCCAAGUAACGGAGUUAAAAGACGGAGUCUUCGUCGCGUUCGGAUAUAACCACAUGAUUGCAGACGGAUCCUCCUUCUGGAGCUUCUUCAACGCUUGGUCGGAGAUUUGCUCCACCGGAGGAGUUGACCGGAACAAAAAGUUCCCACCUUUGCUUCUCCGCGGCUGGUUUCUCGACGGGAUCGAUCACCCGAUUCGGAUCCCGAUCUCGGAGACGGUACCAACACCGUCUUCUCCGGCUGCUUCUUCGCCGUUGCUACAGGAGAAGGUCUUUCGAUUCGCGAGGAGAAACAUCUCCGAGCUCAAAUCGAAAGCAAACGGAGAGGUUAGCUCCGGUGAUCGGAAAAUAUCCUCGCUUCAAGCGGUUGCAGCCCAUAUGUGGCGAUCGAUAAUCAAAAACAGUGAUCUGAGUCCGGAGGAAGUGGUUCGUUGCAAGCUACUGAUGGAUAUGAGACGAAGGCUAAACCCUCCGCUUGAUAAAGAGUGUUUCGGAAACGUCGUCGGAUUUGCGACUGCGACGACGACCGCGGGAGAAAUGCUUAGAAAUGGGCUGGGCUGGGCCGCGUUGCAGAUAAACAAAACCGUUGGGUCGGAGACGGAUGAAAGAUUCAGAGCGUUCGCUGAGAAUUGGGUGAAGGACCCGAAGAUACCGAAACAUGUGGCUGUGAGUAAUUCUGUGAUCGUUGCUAGCUCUCCUUGGUUUAAUGUGUAUGGAAAUGAUUUCGGUUGGGGUAAACCGAUUGCGGUUCGAGCUGGACCGGGUAAUACCAGCGAUGGGAAGCUCAUUGUUUAUCCUGGAACUGAAGAAGGAAACAUCGAGAUUCAAACUUGUUUAUCUUCUCACGUUUUGGAGAAGUUAUCGGCUGAUGCUGAAUUUAUAGAGCAUGCGUGUGUUGUGUAAGUAACAUAAUUGAAAUGAAAUGUAAUUCGCUUCUUGAAUAAAGGAAAAAAGUGGUGUACUUAUAUGUUUA